AUGAUUUUCGACCCAAGCGAGAUCGAGCUCCCCCCUUCUUACGAGAAGGUCCAAACCACUGGACAUGUCGUCGUCUCACACCAUCCGCCUGGCUCAGCGACAGCUACACCUGUAGUUGUUGUCACGCUUAACCGCCCUGCUAACCAGAAUGCCUUCACGGGGCAGAUGGUCCAAGACUUUGAGAAGCUCUUCCCCAUGUUUGAUGUCGAUGAGCGGGUCAAGGUGAUUGUUUUGACAGGUGCCGGAAAGACAUUCUGCGCCGGAGCCGAUCUUGAUAUUGGAUUUGGCGGCGGUCAAAAGAAGAAAGAAAGAUACGCAGAUCAUCGUGAUGGUGGCGGACGAGUGGCACUAGCUAUCCAUAGAUGCCGCAAGCCAACCAUUGCAGCAAUGCAAGGCUCAGCCGUAGGAGUCGGCAUGACAAUGACUCUGCCAGCCAUUAUUCGAAUUGCAUAUGAGAAAGGCAAAUACGGCUUCGUCUUCGCCCGCCGAGGAAUAACAAUGGAGUCCUGCUCGUCGUUCUUCCUCCCCCGGUUAGUAGGCCACUCAAAUGCAAGCUAUCUAGUGAGCACAGGUGGGGUAUUCCCACCAACAUCCAAGCACUUUGGUGAUCUGUUCAACGAGAUUCUGCCCGAUCCGUCAAAAGUUCUACCUCGUGCCAUCGAGCUGGCCACCGAGAUCGCAGAGAAUGUCAGUCCGAGUGCGUCGUACCUGAAUCGAGCGCUUAUGUGGCGUGAUACGGGGUCUGCGGAGGCUGCUCAUAUUGUUGAGUCGCAUGUUAUUUAUCAUAUGUUUGCUGCUCCGGAUCAGAAGGAAGGUGUUUCAGCUUUCUUUGAGAAGAGGAAGCCGAAUUUCAGGACUAAUCUUGAUGAGAAUCCCCCAGCUAAUGUGCCUUGGUGGACUGAGGUUGACACUGGUCGGAAUCCGAAGGCCAAGGUCUCCAAGCUCUAG